AUGCGGAGUGUGGGUGCGGUCAUGAGGAGUGCUUCUUCUCCGCAGGUGGCAGUGAAUGUAGUAACCCACACGGGCAGACAGUCCAAGCAGCGCCGCAGCACAGGCGAGCUCAGGCGCAGUCCAGGUCUUCACAUGGGCACCACUGUAUUAGGUGACGCAGUGGACUGCAGUGACAGAAGCCCAUUCCCCAGCAGAGAUCAGCUGAUUAAUCAGGACAUUAGCAGCAUACAGCACAGCUCAUCGCUGGAUGGCUCCUAUGCAAGUCUGCUGGAUGAUAAGAAACAAGAAAUGGUCAGAUUAGAGAGAUACCAUCUCGCUGAAAAGCUCAAACAGGCCAUGAAUACAAUGCAGAAAGUAGAGGAGUGUUUGGGCAGGUAUGAUGUGGAGAAGCACACUGCCAUUGAGAGGGAGGACUAUGACACAGCCAAGCAGAAGAAAGAGCAGAUGGCGGUGUACAGGCUCUGAGUCUACUAGCAGUUGGAGCUACAUGACCUGCUUGAUAUAAGCCAGAUACACACAGGUCAGCUCUUGCCAUAUGAUGAGAGGCCCCUACCAGCCCUGAUGAAGAGAUUGGAGAGUCAGCUCCAAACUCUAGCCAAGCAAAUGCUUUCUCCAUUGGACCCAAGUAGCCCAUGCAGUCCUGGAGUCAUGGGAGAAUCAGAGCCAUUGCCAGAGAAAGCCUAGAGAGAAGCUGCUCUGCCUUUAGAGGUGUACCUAGAUAGUCUGGUGGCUCGAGCAUACUCAAAGACCUAGUCCUAUAGGGAAGAUUCAUUACUGGCAGUGUAUAAAAAACGAGUGUAGGUCUCACUAGGAACCCCAAAAACUGAACUGACGAACAUGAUGAGAGCAGCAGUGUUCCUCUGUGAGAUAGCACUUACUGAUAAAGUGUCAUCUGUGAAUUACAUUAAUGGACUAGCAGGAUCAGAAAAAGAGAUCGCCAGCCUAGUAGAAUGCCUGAAUAAGGCCUCCACUGCCUACAGCAUGGAAAGCAGUGCAGAGAAGACCAAACUGAUGACCAACAACACCAACUGCAUCAGCACUGAUAUCAGGGUCAAUGGCCAAAAGCUGGAAACAGUUCAAAGCUUCAAGUACUUGGGAGCCAUUGUAUCAGACCAGGGAUCCAAGCCAGAAAUAGUAUGCAGGAUUGCACAGACAAUAACAGCACUGUCAAAACUGAACACCAUCUGGAAAGAUAGAAAUAUCUCGCUCAGCUCCAAGAUCAGACUGACGCGCUCCCUUGUCAUCUCCAUAUUCCUGUAUGCCUACCAACUGUCAGGAAUCCUCACCAAGAUCUUCAAUCUUUCCCUGGCACAUGCUAUCAUCCCAUCCUGCCUGAAGUCUGCCACCAUCAUCCCCAUACCCAAGAAAAGAGCCAUCAAUAGUCUCAGUGACUACAGACCCAUAGCUCUCACAUCUGUAGUCAUGAAGUGCUUCGAGAGGCUGGUCUCACAUCAGGAACUGCCUUCCUACGAUAAAAACCUUGUCACUAACCGGCCAAAAUCGGUCAGACUUGGCCCCCACCUCUCCUCCACCCUCACACUCAGCACAGGCUCUCCACAGGGCUGUGUACUGAGCCCUAUACUCUAUGCACUUUACACGUAUGACUGCACUCCGUCCCACCCCAUCAACACCAUCAUGAUGUUCAUGGAAGAUACCACUGUGGUUGGGAAACAACAUUUACUGAACACCAGUAAAACAAAGGAACUCAUCAUUGACUUCAGGAAGAGCAGAACAGACCCCGCCCCUCUCUUCAUCAGCGGAGAAUACCAAAUUCAGGUAAGGUCACUGGCUUUGUAUUUUCUGCAGGAGAUGGCUGUGUAUAAGGAGAUUCGUGCUCUGCAGCUUGUCCCCACUGAGCUACUAAAGCCGAUAAAGAACAGCAUGCCAGGACAUCUGGCUCUCAGCAGGCUUGAACUGCUGGAAAAGCUUCUGGAACAGCUUGGCACCAAAGACUUCGGCUUCACCCUUGACAACGUCAUGCGGUUUCUAGCAGGAAUACUGGGGCAUUGUGCAGCGACCGAGCAUGAGCUGGCUGUACGAAUCGUGCAGAGGAUGUACCACCUAGUAUAUGGCUGAACCAUACUGAGCUACCUGCUACCGGAUGAUCCCAGUACUCACAAAAACAUCCAUGACAAACAUCUCUUCAACUGUUUUGCCAAAAUAGACGGAAAACUUCCACAAUCCCAAGUAAAGAAAGGAAGAGUGCAGAAAGAGGAGCAAGAAAUCAAGAGCCUGCAGGAGUAACUAGCCACUCUGAAGGAGAUCAGUGUAGGUUCAUUAACCAUGCAUGAAGACAUUGUCCUUGGAGAUAAGUGCAUCAUAUUCCCUCUCAGAAGCAGGGAUGUGAUCAGGACAGCAUGGUUACUUACCGCUUUUCUAGAUACUGUGUCAAACGGAAACUGUAACCACUGUCCUUUGUACCAUGAGAACUUCCCUCCAAGUGAAGAGAGCUGGAAGUUUCACUUCAUGGACCGUAGUGCUGGCUAUAAGCAGAACACACGCAGAAUGGUGGCACUACAGCGAGCUGAGACACAUACACAAGGUGGCAGGAGCAGCAGUCGCCUCCCUGCACCAUGACCCAGUAGGACCAGUCAAGCAAAGCCCUAA